ACUGAGCCAGCCAAGCACCCUGAGGGCGGGUUUUCUUUUAAUGUUAUUUUUAGGUUGCAUGUUUUGUCCUAUCCUGCUUCAUUCUAUAGUUCAGAAUUGAGUGAUCCUGUUGGUAUAGAAGUAAUGAGUAUAGGAAGGCUUCGUUUCCUUUGGAAAAGUGAUUUGACCAGAGUCCUGAGAAAGAGAAGUGUGACUUCUGGAAGGCUGAAAUCGGCUUAGUAGAGUGGAAAGGAGGAAGUCACUGUUAAAGAGUGGUAGUGUGGACAACCAUGGGACCCAGAAGCUGAGGAGGGCACCCCAGGUUGAAACCUGCCCCCAGUCUAUCUAGAGCCCCAGUGUCCUUGGAGCCCUGUCCCCGAAGGGUGGGUGCUGUUGCACGCAGUAGUGCUAUUACUGAGCAAGUGCUGAGUGCAGGAGAGGUAAGGGGGAAGGCAGGCAACAUGCCCCCUUGGCUCCCCUGCGCCUCCAAGUGUGGUUGGUUCUUCAUGGCACGUGGGCGAGGAAGUUGUGCCCUGAAGGUCACUGGCCCCCCUUCUAGCCUUGGGAUGAGGGAAGUUCGAAGAAAGAGGAGUGGUGUGGGGAGGCAGGGCAGAGUGCACAGCCUGGCUCGCCCGGCUUUCCGCACUGGAGAGCUGUGUGCGGGGAGCCUUCUCUGUGCCUCCUCGCAGCUUCUGCACUCCUGCCCUGCUCGGUGGGCCCUGGCUGGCGAAGUGUGGGGAAGGGCUUCUCCCGCUUGUGUAAGCAAGAGUGAGUUCCCGGGGCUGGCAGGAGCUAGGGGUUCCUGAGAAGCAACUCAGCACUGCGUGGGGCUACAGCAUUGGCAUCUCCACGAAGUCCCGCAGAAAAGCUAGGACCACAGAUGGGCAGUCCCUGAACCAGCGCGGACAGCUUUCCAGUCCCGGGCAGGCCCUUCUUCCACUGGGUUCUGAGCGUGAGGAACAGGUGGACUGGGUACUGGCACGAUGAGGAAGGACCGAGCCCAGCCAAGGUCACCCACCUGGCUGAGCGCAGGGGUCCGGCUGGCACCGCCCGCCUGGACGCACCCCGCCGAAGGCCAAUGGCGCAGAGGCGGAAGCGGGGUCGCCAAUGAGCGGCGAGGGGUCGGGGGCGUGUCCAGGAGGGCCUUCCCCAAUGGAAGCCGGCUCGGGAGACGGGCGCUAUCCAACCAGGCCCCCCGGGAAAGGGAGGUCAGGGAGAGCAGUCUCCAAUCAGCGCGGCCGGCCUCCCUCCCCUGCCAUAGGUGGGGCCGCGGGCCGCGGGGCGGGUCCGAGCCGGCCCCUCCCCGACAGACGGCGGCCGGGGGGCGUGGCCGCGGCGCGAAGGCCGGCGGCGGGCGGCGACCGCAGUUCCCGGCGCGCGCUGGCUCAGGCGCCCGCUCCGCACCAUGGCCGGCGUGGGGCGGCCGGGCCCAGGGCCCCGCGCCGCGCUGCCCGCCUGGAAACGGGAGAUCUUGGAGCGGAAGCGGGCCAAGCUGGCCGCUUUGGGCGGGAGCGCGGCGCCUGAGACCCGGGCCGAGGCGGGCGCGGCGGAGCCCUUGGGCCCGACGGCCGAGCGGCUCGUGCUGGCCGACAGCCUGGGCCCGCUGCGCGAGAACCCGUUCAUGCGGCUGGAGUCGGAGCGGCGGCGCGGGGCGCGGGGCGGCGGCGGCGAGGGGCCGGCGGGGGCGCGGCCGGUGCAGCAGCUGCUGGAACUGUACCGCCGCGUGCCCGGCGUGCGCACCAUCCACGCCGACAACAUCCUCAUCAUCGAGUCGGCCCCGGGCUUCCCGCCCGCCGGCCCCGGCCCCGGCCCGGCCGCCCGCAUCCGCGCCGCUGAGGUUCUCGUGUACGAGGCGCCGCGGCCCCCCGGGCGCGUCAGCCGCCUGCUCCAGAAGUUCGACGCGCCGGUCCGCCGCGGGAGCCCGGAGCGCGGCCGCACCACGCCGCCGCCGCCGCCGCCCCCGCCGGCUCCCGGCCCCGCCGCCUCGCGCGUGGGUGAGCGCGCAGCCUGCUUCGAGCCUGAGCGCCGUGGUACAGGCCCCGGGGCGCGGCGCAGCGACUUCCUGCAGAGGACCGGCAGCAACUCCUUCACCGUCCACCCUCGGGGCCUGCACCGCAGCGCUGGCCCUCGCCCGCCCCCGAAUGAGCCUGCAGCCCCCGAGUCCCCAGCCGGCGCUGCCAACGGCCUCGCGGGCUCCGCACCUGGGCCGGGCGAGUGGAAGCCAAAGGUGGAAUCCGGGGAGACCCCGGUCCACCCGCCCCCCAGCCCGGGGACCCCCAGUGCCACUCCAGCCGUGUCCCUGGCCUUGCCCACACCCAACCCUGCCAGUGCCACUCCCAGCCAGCGCCAGUGGGUCUCUGCGGCCACCAGCACCAAUGACUCCUUUGAGAUUCGGCGGGCCUCCAAGCCAGACAUAGACAGGAUCCCUGCUGGGGACCUCCAGGCCCGGGCCCUGGCCAGCCUCCGUGUGAACUCCCGAAACUCCUUCCUGUUCAUCCCCAAGCGCAAGGACUCUGGAGCUCCCCCUCCUGAAGGGAGGCAGACUGGGGGGCUGCCUGAGAGAGAGGUUGGCUGGUCCUCCCAAAGCCUGGAGCUUGAAGCCCAGCUGGUGCCUGGAAGGGACAACGUGCCUACUGGAGGGAGGAGCCCCUUGGGGGUCGAGGAGGCGGCCUGCGCCAGGCCAGCUACUGCCCUCGUGGACCAGGCUGUUAGGCGGCAGAGGCUGUCCUCACCAUCCCCAUGUCCAUUGGCUGCCGACGAAGCUAAGCCUGCCCAGGGCCUCGCCAAGAGCGGCAGGGAGCCUGGGAGGCCAGGACUGCCUGUUACCUUCAUCGAUGAGGUGGACUCGGAGGAUGAGUUCCCCCAGGAAGCCAAACUGCUCUGCUCGGGAGCUGCUGGGCCUCCUUGGUGCCCCCUGCACCCCGCCGGGCCCGGGCACCCAUCAGGGCGCCGGCAUCUAAGUGGCAACACCUUCACCGUGGUACCCAAGAGAAAACCAGGGUCCCUGCAGGCCAAUGGGGAGCCCAGGCCACAGGAGGCUGAGGAGGACGAGGCGGGCGACUUGACAGUUCCCCCCACUGCCCUGGGGACCACACUGAAGAAGCGCUACCCCACCGUGCAUGAGAUUGAGGUGAUCGGUGGCUACCUGGCCCUGGAGAAGUCCUGCCUCACCAAGGCCGGCUCCUCAAGAAAGAAGAUGAAGAUCUCCUUCAAUGACAAGCGCCUGCAGACGACCUUUGAGUACCCCCCCGAGAGCUCCCUGGUGCAGGAGGAGGAGGCUGAGGCCCAGGACGAGGCCGAGGAGGAGGAGGAAGAGGAAGAGGAGGAGGAGGAGUCCAGCUCAGAUGGGGUGGUGGAGAAGCCCUUUGCGCUCUUCCUGCCCCGAGCCACUUUUGUGAACAGUGUGGGGCCUGAGAGCCCUCGCCUGCCGGACGGCAGCUCAGGCCUGUCCAGCUACACUCCAAAGCACUCCGUGGUCUUUAACAAAUGGCAGCAGCAGACACUGGUACAGGCUCCGAGGGAGGCAGAACCAGCACCCAAGGAGGUCAUGCUCACCCCUGCCAGUCAGAAUGACCUCUCAGACUUCCGCAGUGAGCCUGCUCUCUAUUUUUGACCCCGGCCCUGCCAGGAUGGCCAAGGCUGAGCCCUGGGAGCUGGGCAGUGCCCAGGAGCCCUGCCCUCAUUCUGUACCCCGUUCUGCCCUGUCAGGCUCUGCCCUGCCAUAUCCCACUCUCCCUUCCUGGGGCCUCACAACAGUGCUGGUGCUCGGCCUGAGCCUAGGGCCCUGGGGCCUCCUACCUCCCUUGGGGGGAGCCUUGCCCUCCAGCCCUGAUUCGGGGGCACUGCCUGUGGAGGACGUACAGGGUCCUGCUGGACACCAUGCCCAUCAGCUAGCUGUCUGAUGUGUGUGAAGGGCUAGCUUGGCUGCCUGUCUUCUGGAACUUCAAGCCAUUCCCUGCCCACAACCCCCAACAGCAGACCUCAACCCACCCCCUUCGUGAUAAAUGGCAAGUCUUUUCUUGCGUUUGACGAAGGACUCAAUAAAUAGCACUGGACAAGGCC